CUCAUAGCGCCGUGUUGAGAUUUGUUUUUAGCCUAGCUGAGAUACACGAGUGUAACUGUUAGCCAGGGAAUUGCUUUUUUUUUUUUGCUUUCUUUCCACAAAAGAACCCCAUAUUCACUACCAGUCUGAAGUUGACUUGCCACCAUGCCGGUGCACCGUGACCGUGAGAAGAAGGAAAGCACUGCAGAGGAUAUGGAGGUAGAGGAGCAGGAACAGGAGGCAUCCAGCUCAGAGGAGGAGGAUUCUGACACCUCCUCUGUCUCUGAGGAUGGAGAUACCUCGGAAAUGGAUGAAGAGGAUUGUGAGCGGAGGAGGAUGGAGUGUCUUGAUGAAAUGUCCAACUUAGAGAAACAGUUCACAGAACUCAAAGACCAGCUGUAUCGUGAGCGUCUCAGCCAAGUGAACAGCAAGCUAGCAGAGGUGGAGGCCGGCCGUGCAGCAGAAUAUCUGGAGCCUUUGGCUGUGCUGCUGGAAAACAUGCAGGUCCGCACCAAGGUGGCAGGUAUCUACAGAGAACUGUGUCUGGAGUCUGUGAAGAACAAGUAUGAGUGUGAGACCCAAGCAGCAUGCCAGCACUGGGAGAGUGAGAAGUUGCUGCUGUUUGACACCGUACAGAGUGAACUGGAGGAGAAAAUAAGACGGCUGGAGGAAGACAGACACAGCAUAGAUAUUACAUCAGAGUUAUGGAAUGAUGAGCUAUCAGGAAGGAAGAAGAGGAGAGACGUAUUUAGUCCAGAUAAGAAGAAGAGACGACCUUCAGUGGUGUCUGGUCCAUAUAUUGUUUACAUGCUGCCUGACCUGGACAUCCUUGAGGACUGGACAGCAAUCAGAAAGGCCGUGGCAACGCUGGGUCCACACAGAGGGAAGGUCGACUCUGACAGUCCAGUGUUCCCCUUCAGACCAGACAGAAACAGAUCUAUUCUCAACUGCUGAGGAACACACACACACUAAGAUAUAUUCACACAUAUACAUACAGUUACAGUUUGAAGGUAUGCUCAAAAGUAUGUUCACACCAAACGCACAGUAUAAACAAAUAUUUACAUGACAGAAAUAGUUGCACUUCUGCAACUACUAAAAUGCACACAGCUGAUUUUUAGUCUGAAACUCUGCAUUCCAACUCCCCCUCUACCAGACACCAGUCAGUAAGCUGCCUCCAGUGCCAACAGGAAAUAAAAACUCACUGGUUUGAAUCCCUAAAAGGGGCAAACAGGAAUUUAAAAUGAUAUCCACUGUUUGUUUCCUGUACUUUUGUUCAGACUUGCAUAUUUUUAUAUGGGAUUUUAUUACCUGGAAAGGAUGUUUUUACAAGCCUUUUUCAAGAUUUCCAUUUCAACUUAUAGUUUUAAGCAAUAUGAAAUACCAUUUAGACCAUUUUUGUUUAAAGUUGUGCUUUCAAGCUACAAUAGCCACUGAAACAACAUAGAAGUGUUACUUAUGCAACAUAAAGAAACCAUUCAGUUAUUAUUAAUAAUCUGGUAUAGCUGCAACGUUCUUGUUUUACACAUCUACCUCUUCUCUCUGUCGCCCACUCUUUAAAGUUAAAUAACGUCUGCAUUACUUUCAGUGAAUAUGAACAUGCUUUCAUCCUUCAUGCAGCCUGAAAAGAGUUAAUGUUGUUUGUGAGUAUUGAUUGUAUAUAUGACUGUGAUUUUGACUGUCAUGUGAGGAGUAAGCCCGCCCCCAGGUUUGGUUGGCCCUCCCCACUUGGAAGAAAGUUCUGCCCUCCUCUCUUGUUCCUCCUCUCAGCUGCCAGCUGAGAGGAGGAACAUCCAUGAAGCCACGAUCAUCCAUGAAGCCAUGUCCAUUUCCUGAGUGGGGUGGGGUUAGGGGCGGAGUCAGACAGGUCAUCAACAUUUAAAGACAGAAGCAACUCGUUCUAAGCAGGGCUGAAAUGGAAAAGAUUUUUUAGACGGAAAAAAUACGAUACUGGAGUGUUUUUUCAGAAACAAACUUCACAGGCAUGUUUUUGGGGACCUCUGAGACCAAUAUAAAUGUGUCUUAAAGGGGUAAAAUAUGUGACCUUUAAUUUUUUGAAAGCCUGCUGUGAUUUUAAUUCAUUUUACAGAUAGGAAAUGAACCAUAUUUUUCUGUCUUCAUCCCAACAUUGACAUAUAUAAACAUUAUCCAGUGUGAAUAAAAGUUGAUGAAAAAGCUUGCAUUUCAUACUGGGGUUUUUAUAAACAAGAGGCUUUUUGAAGACAAAGGUGGAAUAAAUGCUGAAUAUUAAAAUCGUAUUUUUAAAAUGAUUAUUCUGAAUAUUGUGGUACAUUUGUGUUUUUCUUUUGGAUAAUGUUGCUGUUUUUUACAAUUAAAAGUUUG